CGAGAAGCUGAUGGCAUAGCACUUCGAUCGGCUCUUCGAAGCUCAAGCUGUGGACGAGGCAACGUCUUCCGCGGCGGCUUGACUCGGAGAUUCCGUGCUGGAAUGCGACGAAGCAUGUGGUAGGGUUUUGAGGUCGGGGAAUGUUGGCGCCGUGAGGAUCCAGAGGAGCAGAAUUUCUGGUAGCGGACCGGAUUGGGAGUCCGAAGAAGACUUGACCAUUGAAUUGCGGAAGGAUCGGAAGAGCGGCUGGUUGCUUCAAAUGCAUCUCAUGUGAAAGAAGAGGAGGCUGGGGCCGAAGCUUUGGUAUUAAAUUCGGUCAGGAACCGAGAAGGACAGGAGUCACUUCUCGAGGGAGUGGGAAUCACCACGUGGUAAGGUCGAGAUGCAGAUCGUGAGCGGUCAUGGGUUCACGCUUUGUGCAUCUCGAGUCGUGAUCAAGUUUCAGAAAUCCUACAGUCGGUUUCAACACUCGGUUCCGGCAUGGACCCGACGACUCUCCAAACAAUGUCGCAUCGAUGAGCAGCAGCAUGUGCGAAUCACGGAUUCCUCUGCUCGACCGAAGACUGGACCAUGGAAUCUGAACGUACGCUCCAAAUCCGAACCAGCUCUGGUGGACCUCUCUAGCAACACAGCGGUCACUCCAUCGCACGCAUUUGUCGAUGGUGUGCUGGGUGUAUCACAGCAAAAUGGCGAUUCGGAUUCAAACACUGCAACUUCAGAUAUGAUAUUUUUGGGAACAGGAACUAGCGAGGGUGUGCCCCGAGUCAGCUGCCUCACUCACACUUCCAUGCGAUGCCCUGUGUGUUGGGGAGCGGCACAGCUUGGGAACAAGAAUAGGCGUCGUAACACUAGUCUUCUGGUGCGUUAUCUUGCAGCAGAUGGUAUAAGGCGAAACAUCCUCAUAGAUGCUGGCAAGUUCUUCUAUCACAGUGCACUGCAGUGGUUCCCACAUUACGGGAUACGAAACCUUGAUUCGGUUAUAAUUACACACUCUCAUGCUGAUGCUGUUGGAGGGUUGGAUGAUUUGCGAGACUGGACGAACAAUGUCCAAGAUUCGAUUCCUAUCUACGUUGCCCAACGAGACAUUGAGGUGCUGUCCAAGUCUCACUACUACCUUGUUGAUCCGAGUGUCAUUACGAAAGGAACUGCCGUCUCAAAGCUUCAGUUUAAGCUGAUCACAGAGGAACCAUUUUAUGUGCACGGUCUCAAGGUGACUCCCCUGCCUGUGUGGCAUGGGCCAGGUUAUAGAUCUCUCGGAUUCCGAGUGGGAAACGUCUGCUACAUAAGUGAUGUGAGUGAAAUACCCGAGGAAACAUAUCCUUUACUUGAGAACUGCGAACUUCUUAUUCUGGAUGCACUAAGACCUGAUCGAUCCAGUGCUACCCAUUUUGGAUUACCACAAGUAAGUAAUUUUCUGUUCUUCUGUUGUUCUUCUAUGUAUUCAACUUACAUCAGGAUGCUGUAAGACCAGAUCGAUCCACUAUCACUCAUUUUGGAUUACCGCAAGCUCUUGACGAAGUUCGGAAAAUUCGACCUCAACGAACGCUCUUCACUGGGAUGAUGCACACGAUGGACCAUGACAAGAUCAACGCGAAACUUGCAGAGAUUGGAAAGGAGGAGGGCUUGGAUAUGCAGCUGAGUUUUGACGGGAUGAGAAUACCAGUAACAAUUUGAGUCCACAAAUGAGAAACAACCUUUGCGGUUCAUACAUCAUCAAGUUCACACUUUUUCCUUCCCUCGGUAAAAAACGGAGUGGAAGCACUCAGGCUUCGUCAUUCUUGAAGCAUCGGAUUUUCUCCAUGACAUCGUCCUUUUCAUACACUCCAGCAUCAAUUGUGCUCGUGCUACUCACGAACACAGCCAAGUUUAAACCCGCAAGGUGCGAAAGCACUCAUUCACUGUCCAUAUGCAUUCUGGACCCGUGAAGGAAGUGCCGACGGUGUACGGAUCGAUCUUUUUAUAAUAAAUGGACCACUGUCAUUUACUGUUAUU